GCUCACACUCCCGCCCCCAGUCUUGCCUGGUGCGGGGGAGCUGCGGCCAAAGCGGCAGAACCGAGGAGGGCAGGUCUGCACCUCUGCUUCCCUUGCCAGGAGUCACCACGAUGCCCAUACUGGAAAAAGUUCCCCAAAAGAUGGCAGCAAAAACUCCCAGCACUGAGGAGGAGCCUUUGCCCAAACUUCCAGUGCCCCCACUGCAGCAGACCCUCGCCACUUACCUGCGAUGCAUGCAUCAUCUGGUACCUGAGGAACAGUUUAGGAGGAGUCAAGCCAUCGUGCAGCAGUUUGGGGCCCCGGGUGGCCUUGGGGAGACCCUUCAGCAGAAGCUCCUGGAACGACAGAAGAAGACAGCCAAUUGGGUGUCUGAGUACUGGCUGAAUGACAUGUAUCUCAAUAACCGCCUGGCCUUGCCCGUGAACUCCAGCCCAGCCGUGAUCUUCGCCCAGCAGCACUUCCCAGACAUGAACGACCAGCUGAGGUUUGCAGCCAACCUCAUCUCUGGUGUGCUCCACUACAAGACCCUGCUGGACAGCCACUCCAUCCCCACCGACUGUGCCAAGGGCCAGCUGUCAGGGCAGCCACUCUGUAUGAAGCAAUACUAUGGGCUCUUCUCCUCCUACCGGCUCCCUGGCCACACCCAGGACACACUGGUGGCCCAGAAGAGCAGUGUCAUGCCCGAGCCAGAGCACGUCAUCGUGGCCUGCUGCAACCAGUUCUUUGUCUUGGAUGUUGUCAUUAAUUUCCGCCGUCUCAGUGAGGGGGAUCUGUUCACUCAGUUGAGAAAGAUAGUCAAAAUGGCUUCCAACGAGGAUGAACGCUUGCCUCCAAUCGGCCUGCUGACGUCAGAAGGGAGGAGCGAGUGGGCUGAGGCCAGGACAGUCCUCGUGAAAGACUCCACCAACCGGGACGCACUGGAUAUGAUUGAACGCUGCAUCUGUCUCGUGUGCCUGGAUGCCCCAGCGGGCGUGGAGCUCAGCGACACCAACAGGGCUCUUCAGCUCCUUCAUGGCGGAGGCUGCAGCAAGAACGGGGCGAACCGCUGGUAUGACAAAUCCCUGCAGUUCGUGGUGGGCCGCGAUGGCACAUGCGGCGUGGUGUGCGAGCACUCCCCAUUUGAUGGAAUCGUCCUGGUGCAGUGCACGGAGCACCUGCUCAAGCACAUGGUGAAGAGCAGCAAGAAGCUGGUCCGAGCAGACUCUGUCAGCGAGCUCCCGGCCCCCAGGAGGCUGCGUUGGAAGUGCUCCCCGGAAAUCCAAGGCCUCUUAGCCUCGUCAGCGGAAAAACUUCAACGCAUAGUAAAGAAUCUCGACUUCAUUGUGUAUAAGUUUGACGUCUUUGGGAAAACAUUCAUUAAGAAGCAGAAAUGCAGUCCUGAUGCUUUCAUCCAGGUGGCCCUCCAGCUGGCCUUCUACAGGCUCCACAGAAGACUCGUGGCCACCUACGAGAGCGCGUCCAUUCGCCGGUUCCAGGAGGGCCGUGUGGACAACAUUCGCUCGGCCACUCCAGAGGCGCUGAGUUUUGUGAAGGCCGUCACUGACCACAAGGCUGCCAUACCGGAUUCAGAAAAGCUGCUGCUUCUGAAAGAUGCCAUCCGAGCCCAGACCGAGUACACAGUCAUGGCCAUAACAGGGAUGGCCAUCGACAACCACUUGCUGGCGCUGCGUGAGCUAGCCCGGGACACGUGCAAGGAGCUGCCUGAGAUGUUCACAGAUGAAACGUACCUGACCAGCAACCGGUUUGUCCUCUCAACCAGCCAGGUGCCCACAACCAUGGAGAUGUUUUGCUGCUAUGGUCCUGUGGUGCCGGACGGCUACGGGGCCUGCUACAACCCUCAGCCAGAGAAUAUCCUUUUCUGCAUCUCCAGCUUUCAUGGCUGUAAGGAGACCUCUUCCUCCGAGUUUGCGAAAGCAGUGGAAGAAAGCCUCCUUGAAAUGAGGGACCUGUGCAGUCCGCCACAGUCUACAGGGGGCAAGCCACUGGCGCCUCAAGAAAAAGCAACAAGGCCCAUCCAGGGGCACCAACCUUGA